AUGCGUCUAAUCAACGCUGCAACGCUGCAGCUCGAGCGCUUCGACGAUGACACUAGAAUACCACCUUACGCUAUCCUAUCUCACACAUGGGCAGCUGAGGAGGUCACUCUCCAGCAUUUUGAAGAUGCGUACACGGGAGAUGAGACUACAGGUACACGAAUCAGGCUGAUGUUGGGUUACGCGAAGAUCUUGAAGGCAUGCUACCAGACUCUGCAAGAUAGCUACGCCUAUGUCUGGGUGGAUACAUGCUGCAUUGACAAGACGUCUUCUGCUGAGCUUAGUGAGGCGAUCAACAGCAUGUUCCGAUGGUAUGAGAAUGCUCAAGUCUGUUACGCCUACCUAGAGGAUAUCGAGGCACAUGCGACGGAAGACCCCAACAUCUACCAAUCGGAAGCCUCUGCAGUUUUUGACACACCCCUCAAGACAGCGAAAUGGUUCACAAGAGGAUGGACACUUCAGGAAAUGAUCGCGUCCACCCAGCUCAAGUUCUAUUCGUCGGACUGGACGUUCUUAGGUACCAAAGAAACUCUCCUGGAAGAACUAACAAACAUUACCAAGGUUGAUCGCCUCGGUCUUACCGACUUCAGGCCAGAACACUUCAGUGUAGCACAGCGAAUGAGCUGGGCUGCGAAUCGCAGAACAGUCAGGACGGAAGACAUAGCGUACAGCCUGAUGGGUAUAUUUGACGUAAAUAUGCCUCUUCUAUACGGUGAGGGUGAGAAGGCAUUCGCCCGUCUCCAAGAAGCGAUUUUGAACUCAAGUGAGGAUCAAAGUCUCUUCGCAUGGAGUCCCUCUAUUCGAACUGAUAUGCCACCCGGAAAAGGAACAUUCUUCUUCGCCCAGCACCCGCGUGAAUUCGUCGCCUCUCGCGGUAUACUCCAUACACUACCCAGUGGCGGCGAACCAACGGCUCUGACCUCGAAAGGCAUCCGAAUUAACCUGCCCAUCCAGAAAAUAAAGAAUUCGAAAUCUGACCUCGCCAAUGAGGCACCCCUUUUUCUCGCCGUGCUUUACUGCAUUUACAAGGAGAAGCCAGAUCACCUCCCAGCUAUUGUGCUUCGCCGCAGUCAGACCGAGGCCGAUACCGAUACCGAUACGCAAGCGUACGUCAGGCAUGAGAGUGUAUCUGCGCAGGCGGGCGCCCACGCCGGCUGUGGCCAGGGCGACACUAAGGACCUCUUAUUUCAAGCCGCGCAGGUAGAGAAUGCGGCAGCCACGCUUCAGGCAGCGAGUCCAAACUCUGAACAAGGAACUGAUAUGAUUGCGCAUGUGUACAGUUCAAACUACUGGAACCGUAAUCGUGACACAAGGGCGAGAAUCUCGAGCUUUGAAACUGCUGAUUUGUGCUCUCAACUCCCGUUUCAUUCUUACAACAAUUUGAAUUCGGUGUACGAAUAG